AUGCAUUUGGAAGACGAUUUAUCAGCCAUCAGAAAGUCGAUGGAUGAUCCCGUGAACACCGGUGAUGCUAUUGUAGCCCUCAACCGGGACUUCAUCAAGUUGCACGUCACAGUCACUCCGUUCAGAGAAGCCAUCCUGUCCCUACAGUUCCCUCUGGAGGGCGUGAGAUACCCCGAGGCCCCGGCCAUUGUCGAUGUAUCGUCCAAUCACCUCUCCACCGUUGCUUGCGAUAAGCUGACUGGGAUGGUAGACAAAGUAGCGCAGCAACAUGCAAAGAAGGGAGAGGAUCAUGUGUUACCGUGCAUAAAGCUGUUCCGUGAUGUUAUGCGGAAGUCGUUGCUACUGCCUUGCAUGGAGGAAUUAGAUCUACUCAAGAAAAAUGUCCUGCAGGAAGGAGAUGUCAUGAAGCUGGUGGAUAGCAAAGGGAAGAUACACCUUACAGUGAUGGCCUCGAUAGAAGGUUUAGAUGGCUCUCAUCAGAUUGUUGCUCAGAUUCACGAGGGAACGAUGCACGUUAAGUUCGAUUUGAAAGUCCCAACUGAGUACCCGUAUGAGUCAGUAACAGUGACUAUGAUCGAAUCCACAUUCGCGCCACAUCUGAACGAGAUGUUCUUCGGACAAGCUCAGGACCUCUGUCGGCGGUGUACCAAAGGACAGACCCUCUCGACCUCCCUGAGGUCGAGCGAUCCAGCUAAGCCUAGCAAGUCUGUGGUGAAGCUCUCGCUUUCGCAGUAUAAGCACGAUGUAGCGUUCCUGAAGCAGCGGAAGGAGAAGGCCGCGCAGGUGACCAACAAAGUUGGCCGAAGAGCGGUACGGUACUUUGAGAAGACGGAAUGGGCAGCAGAACUUGAAAAGGAGCAAAAGCAAGCGGCUCUUGAGAAGGCUAUGUCACAGCACAAGCAACCCCCACCAAUUCUAUCUGUGUACCCUGUGACUGAAUUUCUCGCUAACAAAUUCAUUCAUCUUGUGCCGAACAUGAAAUGCUCUUCAUGUGGUAAGCGUGUGCUGGCUAACAUCGUCUCGGACGAUCCAUCGGCGCCAUCUGAGGACACAGCGGAGAGAGCUUACUGUGGUCAUUGGUUCCAUGGCAGUUGCUUGGAAACGUUGAUGACGAGUCCCCCCUUUGGUAUGAGCUGUCCUGAUAAGAAUUGUGGUUGGAGGAUAUACCACAAUAAAUACACGAGGGACCAGAAGUUCCUCGAGAAGCAAUGGGCGAUGGCGGAAGCUCGAAAGAGGGAGUUAGAGGACGUCAUGGAUUUUGCUAGAGAUAUAGAUCGUCUUUGA